AAAAAAUUCAGACCAUCAUAAAAUCUCAUUCUUUUAUGACAGGAGCCUCAAACUUGGCAAUUUUGAUACUUUAGACAUGCUUUUUCUAUUUCUGGCUUUCGUUAAGUUUUAGUCCAUGAGUUUAUGAAAGUAGGUCACGUGAUGGCUUUAAUAGCUGCAAAGGGCCUAUUUACGAAAUAAUUUUAUGUGUGCGUUUUCAAAAUUCUUAUAAUUUCCCAAGCCUUUAGGUGAAGGUAAUAAUUUUAUUAGAAUUUUGGCAAAACGCAAGUGAAAUUCUUUCCUAUUUUCCAGAGUAUGCCAUUUGAUAUUUACCCAUUAAUAUCAUAGAUGACAGAUUAUGCUUACAAUUGUGAGGUUUUUUACGUGUUUAGAGGAAUUUUGUGUUAAAUUUGUUGCCAUGGCAAUUUCAUAAUUCAAAUUUUGCUGAAAUUUCGCACCAAAAUUAGGGAGUAAUGUUUUCACCCAUGAUAUUAUUGAAUUGUCUUACUUUGGGCUUAAUACAAGUUACUUUCUGAUUAAUUUUAGUGUUCUUGUCAAGUCUGUCUGUUUUUCAGCAUUGUGGUUGGGUGCUGUUAUCUGUAAAUCAAAUUUCUGCAAUUUUAACUCCUACCCGUGAUUUAAUGCAUCAGCUGUCAUGUUUCCACAGACCACAACAUAUUUUCUUAACCAUUGCACUCUCAACUGAUUGGAGGAUGUGAAAGUAUUGAUAUGUGGAAUGUAUCUCUAUACAUAGGCGAAAAGUGAGCACCUAAAUUUUUGUGUAGACGUGAAAUAAUUUUGGUUAUGUGUGACAUGCCCAUGGAAUGGCAAAAUAUUUUUUAUUUGAUUGAAAGCAACUUCUGGAUUUGCAAAGAAAAGCUGGAAAAACAUCUUAUUUCUGGUUCUCUUUCUUUGCAGCUGCAAAUUUGCUGCAUAUGAUACUUCUCUUUCAGUUUCAGUCUUUGAUAAAAAAGUUUUCCAUAUACGUACCAGGACAAAAUGUGUUCUCAUAUAUGACAUACCUCCCAUAGAUCUUCGGGCAAAUCAAAAUAAUCGCGGGCUCCGAAUACGGAAGUUGGCGCGGUUCCUGAGUGCUUCCUUGGUAACCAGACUCCCACACCAAUAAAAUAUGUAAAAUGCUACUUUGUAGCAUUGCGGAAAAGUAAUGAUUUCAACUCUGAUAGGGUUAGGAGGCACUGCUGUUAGUUUCUAAAUUUGAAAACUUGAACAUCAAUGGAUGAAAAUAAAGGUAGUUCUACUGGAGAGGUAAAAUGGACUCUUGGGGAAUCGCCGAAGAAAGAUGCCGGACCGAAAUAUUCGCGCAUUUCUGAGCACUUUCGGCAUGUCGCACCGGGUGCCCUCCAAUGCUCGAUGUUUUGUGGCGGAAAGCAGUGCAAGUAUGAAAACCCUGCCAAGAUGAAAAGGAAAGAAAUGGCGAUCAACGGACUAUAUUCUUCAUGGGUUACCCCAGAUAUCUUGGCGACUGCUCGGCCCUCCACAGAAGUUAUCAAGAAAUUUGACGUCAUCGGACAAUUUUCCCAAACGGGAAUUAAAUCGCUUAUUAACUUACAGCAUCCAGGAGAGCAUAGCAGCUGCGGCUUUGGUCUUGAGCCUGUUAGUGGCUUUUCUUACGUUCCAGAAGACUUCAUGAAAGAAGACAUUUUCUUCUACAAUUUUGGAUGGAAUGAUUAUGGUGUUCGAUCUUUGGAGUCCAUUCUCGAUAUGGUUAAGGUUAUGUCAUUUGCUCUGAAGGAAGGAAAGGCUGCUGUUCAUUGUCAUGCUGGGCUUGGCAGAACUGGAGUUCUCAUAGCUUGUUAUCUGGUGUUUUCCGAGAGAAUCGGAGCCGAGGAAGCUAUACACAAAGUUCGGUCAAACAGACCUAAAGCUGUACAGACUCGAGGCCAGAUUCAAUGUGUCAUUGACUUCACUAACUUUCUACAUCAUCUUUGGAUUGUCUACUCGUCCUGUGCUUCCAGUGCGAAUCCAUUUACAUUACAACAGUACCUCAAACGUCAGAGGCUUGUUUUGCAUGGUAUGGAGGCUCGAAUGCUCAAACAUGUCCCCAAACUGGUUUACGUCUGUUGCUGUCGACUAUUAGAAGUCGCAGGUGUGAAAGGGGAAAAUGAUCCCUUAACAUGGGCUCUCUCCCAGGAAGUGAAAGCCGUGUUUGCAGAAGUGGAUGAAAGUGAUAUUAGUAAGGAUGGAGAAAGUGUAAACGAUACAGAAUGUCUUCAAACAUCUCUGUCAGACAAUGUUGCACAUUCCUUGCGACAUAACCCUUAUGUAGAUUCUUGUCUUCCACCGUUGGAAUCUUCACAAGUUCAUCGUACUGAAAGCUGUGAUGUGUUUGAAGAAGAUACUGCAAAGAAGGAUCACUUUGAUCAUUAUGGGGAAGGCUCAUUGGAUGGUGGACUGCUGCAACCCCCUGAGGUAGGAGCUGAUGUAAGGCGUGGUUCUGAGCCAGUGGUGAUACAUUCUAGUCCAAGAACGUUUCAUCGUGUGAAACUGGAACCACUUAAUCUGUCAGGCAGAAAGAAAAAAACAGAGAAAAAAAGAAAAGUGAAAAAGACACGGGGUGAAAGUCUGGAAGCCAAAAGUAACAACACAGCAGAAAAAGGUAUCAGUAGUGUCCUUUCCUCUUUGAAGCAAAAUGAGAGACUUUCAACAACAAAUGACAGAAUCCAAGUGGCAAAGUCUCUGGCAUCAAGUGCCUGUGCUGAUAGCAGCGUUCACAGUCGAACAGAGAGAAUCAAGCGAAAACUCAACAAUUCAGACAGCUGGGAGGAAGUUCACACUGAAAGUGAUCCCUGGGUUCUAACUCGGUUGUUGUGGGCUUGGUUGGGAAGCUUAGUGGAACCUGUUCUCAGUGAGAAAGAAGUGUCACUAUUAGAAGAAAAUAUUGAUGACCCGGUUGAAGGGGUGAAGAAGCUACAACGAGGUGACCGAGAUACUUUGGAAUGCCUGGUAACUACCGUAUGUGAGUUGGAACCCUUACCAGAGGAAGUGGGUGACCGAGUGCUUCGUCAAAUUGCCAUGAUCCUCACUCAGGACAAGAAGUUGUCUUUAACUCAACCCAGAGCUGUCCUUAACAGAUCAGUGUCAUCCUCAGAUGAUGCUGUCGAAAAUGCUUUAGAGAGAGAACAGGGGGUCAAUACUCCAGAGCCUGAGGUGCACUCUCCAUCUUACCGAUUGCUUCUAUUCCUGAGAGAGCUUGUGAAGACGCUAAAACAUUUAGCAGGGAUACUACCAAAAUGAAGGACAUUAACAAUGAUUUAUUUAUUAAUAUUUAAUAAUCAAAAUACCAUUCUUGUCCCCAGAGCCCACAAUCCUUCUGGCCUGCAGCAGGGAUCAAGGGCUCUGGCUGGACCCGAUUUUCUGAGCAUGCGCAGAGUAUUCAUUUCGUAUUCUCAGCCAAUCAGAUUUGCUAGAUUUGACGGGAAGUCUGUGAAUUGUGGACUUCUGUUGUUGGACCAGCCCAGAGCUCUUGAUCCUUUCUGCAGGCCAGAAGGAUCGUGGGCUCUGAGGACGAGAAUGUCAAAAUACAUGUACAAUAUUCUCCUCAACCAGUGUGUCACUGGUGACAGAAAGUCACAAUUAACUGAGAUCAAGAGAUAAUAAUGUUUACUGUAUAACAACAAGGGAUAUUCCAUGCCUUGGAGGACACAGAAAAAAGCCUGUUCUAAGCAUUUGUUUGGUUGGGUAGCAGUGAAGAAUGGCGAAUGAAAAAAAGUAGUAAGGUUAGAUGAAAAGAUGACUUUUUCCCAUAAGUUUUUUUUUUUGUACUGCUCCAUUAUGUGAGCUGAAUGCUAAGAGGAGGCUAGAUUGAAAACAUAUUAAAAAGUCUCUUUUCAUGUAGAUAAAUUGUUUAACUGGAAAUGAAACUAAGUUUGUUGGGUGCACCUUGGAUUAAAUAUUGGCUACCAGAUACAAGACCCCACAAGUCAUGCCAUCAAGUGUGGCCAAUGAAAGUGGAGCAUGCUACUCCAUACCCAGCUAUAGUAGUGACAAAGGCUUAGCUGGUGUCAGAGUGCUACUUAGCCUGGUAUGUAUAAUUUUUACAUGAAAGAGAUAGGGGUGCAUCCACACAACUGAAUACAAAAUUAAGAAUUACAGUAACGCAAAAUGCUGCACACAGAGAUAAUACCCAAACACCAAACAAAGGCAUCAUACACACACGUGCGUAGCUCUAGAAAUCUAACAAUAGUGAUAUACCGAUAUUUAUAAAUACAUUUAUUGUUAAAUAAUUAGGUCAGCUGGUAUGACAGAAUUCUUCCUACAACAUUGUUGUGAAUUUUUUAAUCUGAAAGGGAGAUAUCUCACCCUAUGCUUGUAUACACCUUUUAAAGCUAGUCUGUAGUACUAUCAAUAUAUAUUAUACCAAAGGUUGGCAGUCAUAUAACAAAACAAGUUACUAAAAUAUACUCAAUUUUUUUCUUUGAUUUGAUUUAUGAAACUUCCUCUGGAAAAUGUGGGGAAAAGCAUUUCCAAGCCUCUAAAAGUAGAAAUUUCCCAGGGGCGAACAUUAACUUUCUUCUAAGUUCAUAUUCCAUGAAAAUAAUGUAUGCCACUCCCUGUAAUGUAUAACUUUGAAUUCUUAUUACAACAUAAUUUUAUUACUGCAACAUAAUUUAUUACAUAAAUUUAUUUAUUAUGUAAUUUAUUACGUAUUGCAACAUAUUUUUACUUAAUUUCUUAUGCAUGUCUGGUAAAGAAACUUGCAACUUUUGGACCAAGGUGUAAAUUUGUAUGAAUUACACAAUGUUGAAAGUAUAUUCUUAUUUAGCACAACUCGCAAAGGUGUACAGUUCAUGAUGCUAAACUGAAAGUGACUCUUGCAUGAGUUCAAGUGAUAAUAUCCACUUGUACAUAGACCAUCAUGUGAGCUGUCAUUGUUGCAUGAAUAAAGAUGUUUCGUACAGAGUUGCUUUUCACUGUUCUAUUUAGCAAAUAAAAUACCAGAAAAUAUAGAAGGGCCACAGCCAGGAUGAAACAUGGUGAAAUAUAACGUCUUCUAGCUAAAAGUAUGUAGAACACAAGCUUUUGACUUGCUUGUUAUAAAGACAGGAAUAGCCCAGGCUCACAGUAUGACUUUAUAUAAUAUGUCAAAUUAUUCUCCCAUUUUGAUUGGCUCUGAUCUAUGAUCAAUUGGGGGACAGACAUGUAGAUGAUAUCAUUUAUUUUGUUUGUUUCUUUAUUAAUUUAUUAUACAAAACAAACAGAUUCAAAUUGCUGUGCAUCUUCAAUAAUUUUAGCUAAUUUUCACAGAACACGUAAGAACAUCAGUGAUGAGUGGCUCACCUACCGUAAAAUCCUAUGACACUUUUUUCUACCACAUUUUGAUGUCAUCUGUCAUCAAUUAUUGACCAGAUGCACCACAACAUGGCUAGAACAGCAAAAUGUAAUAAGUGGUACUUUAUCUCUUGAAUAGGCAUCUAAACAAUACCUGAUUGUUACCUACCUGGCCAAGGCAAAAAAAAACCGACAAAAACACGUUGUUGGGCUUCAUAACCAUUCCUCUCUCUUAACUAAGGUUUGAUUUGGCCAGUGUUACAUGAGUAGGACCUGGGAGCAAAUUGCUAAACUCAUUUCUGUUGGUUACUGGACCCCACUAAUUCAGACUUGCUGGGUUAUUUCAAACUCCCUGUCAUAGUGAACUGAAAUCCAUUUCUUCCUUCUGAUUUUCACUAGCUAUUAUUGUCAGCAAUUUUGAAUUGGAUAAUUUUGAACUGGCCCACCAUUUUGAACUUUUCUUUCCUUGGAGUUUGAAAUAGCAGAGCCCAGCUACAUGUCCAUAGUCUAAUAAAUCAGCAUAAAACUGAUCAUCCUACCACUUUGGAACUUGACCGUGGCUUUCAAAACUCAGAUCAUUCAUCAAGCUUGAAUAAUUACAACAGGGUGGGGUGGGAAGAAACCGUUCAUAACCAAAUCGAAUGGUAUUCGAUUUUUAAACUUUGGGUACUUUUCGUCAACUUUCUCAAAUUCUCUAUAACUGCUGUUUACUGACGUGCUCUUACAUCAAACAUGUGAUUAGCCAGAGUUCUUUGAUGAUUUUCCUUAUAAUGUUGUUUGAAACUUUCCAAACUUUUAAACGGGGUUCUUAUUCGGAAUGUAGUCCUUCGCAGAAGGGGAUGGCUCCUCUCAAAGUAUUUCCAUUCGCCACGAACGUUUUGGAAAAAAAGACAAAAGACGAGUCGUAAAAUGUCUGUAAAGGAAGUUGGAGAGGAAAAAUUGCUUGACGUGCUUGAGUACACAAUGCAUACUGGGUGGGUAGGACUCUUUCCUGCAUCGUACCCAGGGGCCUCUUUUUCUAGGUCGGAGCUUUCAGUUUUCGUAGGUGCACGUGAACGUGGAAAGGGCGGUGUCCUUGAUCCUUUGCGCUUGGUCGAAAAUACCAAAAGCCGCCUCUGCACGAGAUUAAAGGGGCGGCGCCUGUUACUGAACUAAGUAGGAAAUUUUUUUUCAAUAAAAGACAACUCCUCUUUUUAGUUCACUGAAGAUAGCAACAACAGUCAAAACCACUCAGUGUAAAGCAUCAAAUGUCGGCCACGGUCUCUUUCCUGACUGGAGUCAAGACGCUACUUCACCUCUCCAGAGAUUAAGCUGAUACAAGUGCUUCGAUCAAAAGGCAUCGCGUUGUUAGGGCGUCGAUUAUUAAUGUACGGCGCCUAUUCGAGUAAAUAACCUGACUAUGGUAUUCUUUUUUUGAGGUGGUCAAAUGUAGAUAGGACAGGAAGGUUACUUUUAAUAUCUUAAAAUUAAAACAAAGACAAGCAAAUUCUGUACUCGCAUAUGAUCAUGUUUGUAAACGAUGCAGUUAAAAUGGCAGGUUUAUUCAGGCCCCGUGCACACUACGCAGGAGGAAUUUGAAAACGCAGCUUUAUUUCUCUGGUUAGGCCUACCGUCCACACUUGUCCGUCACGAAA